AUGGGUCCAGUUGGCCCAAAAACAUCACAUUUUUGGGGACCCGUUGCCAAUUGGGGGUUUGUUGCUGCUGGUUUGAUGGACAUGAAUAAACCUGCCGAAAUGAUCUCCGGCAACAUGACAGCAGUGAUGUGUGUCUAUUCAGCAUUGUUCAUGAGAUUUGCAUGGAUGGUACAACCUCGAAACUAUCUACUUCUUUCUUGCCAUGCAUCCAAUGAGGUCGUACAAUUAUGUCAACUCUCCCGUUGGGCAAAGGGCAAUGGGUACACAACUUAG